AGCCAUUUUCUGCUCUUUGUGUGGGGCGGAUUAGCGGACAGCGACCGAGCCGAGAGCAUCAGUUGUCGGAUACAGAGCGAAGCGCCGUCGUCGUGUUUUUACGCCGCGCUGCGCUCAUCGUCCGGCCGUUUGUCGUGCGGACAUGCGAUUUGCAGGCUGGACUGCAUUGUGAGUGAACAAGCACAGCCAUGACGACCCACGUGACUCUGGAGGAUGCACUGUCUAACGUGGACCUGCUGGAGGAGCUUCCACUCCCAGACCAGCAGCCAUGCAUCGAGCCUCCACCCUCCUCCAUUAUGUACCAGGCAAAUUUCGAUACCAACUUUGAGGACAGAAAUGCUUUUGUGACUGGUAUCGCCCGAUACAUUGAACAGGCCACAGUCCAUUCCAGCAUGAAUGAAAUGCUGGAGGAGGGACAUGAAUACGCUGUCAUGCUGUACACCUGGAGAAGCUGCUCAAGAGCCAUUCCCCAGGUGAAAUGUAACGAACAGCCCAACAGAGUGGAGAUCUACGAGAAGACUGUGGAGGUGCUGGAACCUGAGGUCACCAAGCUCAUGAAGUUCAUGUACUUCCAACGUAAGGCAAUUGAGCGUUUUUGUAGUGAGGUAAAGCGUCUGUGCCACGCUGAGCGCAGGAAAGACUUUGUGUCUGAGGCUUACCUGCUUACCUUGGGCAAAUUCAUUAACAUGUUCGCUGUUCUGGACGAGCUCAAGAACAUGAAGUGCAGUGUGAAGAAUGACCACUCUGCUUACAAAAGAGCUGCUCAGUUCCUCAGAAAGAUGGCUGACCCACAGUCUAUCCAAGAAUCCCAAAACCUUUCCAUGUUCCUGGCCAAUCACAAUAGAAUCACACAGUGUCUGCAUCAGCAGCUAGAGGUGAUCCCUGGCUAUGAGGAGCUCCUGGCAGACAUUGUUAACAUCUGUGUGGACUACUAUGAGAAUAAGAUGUACUUGACACCCAGUGAGAAACACAUGCUGCUCAAGGUGAUGGGGUUUGGGCUUUAUUUAAUGGAUGGAAACGUCAGCAACAUCUACAAGCUGGAUGCCAAGAAGAGAAUAAACCUCAGUAAAAUCGACAAGUUCUUCAAGCUCCAGGUCGUGCCUCUGUUUGGUGACAUGCAGAUUGAGCUGUCUCGGUACAUCGAGACAAGCGCCCAUUAUGAGGAGAACAAGUCAAAGUGGACUUGCACCCAGAGCAGUAUUAGUCCGCAGUAUAACCUGUGUGAGCAGAUGGUUCAGAUCCGAGAUGACCACAUCCGCUUCAUCUCAGAGUUGGCACGUUACAGUAAUAGUGAGGUGGUUACAGGCUCCGGCUUGGACAGCCAGAAGUCUGACGAGGAGUACAGGGAGCUGUUUGAUCUGGCUCUCCGAGGUUUGCAGCUCCUCUCCAAGUGGAGUACUCAUGUCAUGGAGGUGUACUCAUGGAAACUCGUGCACCCCACUGAUAAGUUCUGCAAUAAGGACUGUCCUGGCACAGCUGAGGAGUAUGAGCGUGCUACACGCUAUAACUAUACCAGUGAGGAGAAAUUUGCCCUGGUGGAAGUGAUUGCCAUGAUCAAAGGCCUGCAGGUGCUGAUGGGCCGCAUGGAGAGCGUGUUUAACCAGGCCAUCAGGAACACGAUCUAUGCUGCGCUGCAGGACUUUGCUCAGGUCACUCUGAGAGAGCCGCUGAGGCAGGCUGUGCGCAAGAAGAAGAAUGUCCUAAUCAGCGUUCUACAGGCCAUUCGGAAGACCAUCUGUGACUGGGAGGGAGGCAGGGAGCCACCCAAUGACCCUUGUCUAAGGGGAGAGAAGGACCCCAAAGGAGGUUUCGAUAUCAAAGUGCCCCGCCGUGCAGUUGGCCCCUCAAGCACACAGCUGUACAUGGUGCGAACCAUGCUUGAGUCUCUGAUCGCAGACAAGAGCGGCUCUAAGAAGACCCUACGCAGCAGCCUGGAUGGCCCAAUAGUUCAGGCCAUAGAGGACUUCCAUAAGCACUCCUUCUUCUACACCCAUCUCCUCAACUUCAGUGAGGCCCUUCAGCAGUGCUGUGACCUGUCGCAGCUUUGGUUCCGAGAGUUCUUCCUGGAGCUCACCAUGGGUCGUCGUAUCCAGUUCCCCAUUGAGAUGUCCAUGCCCUGGAUCCUCACUGACCAUAUUCUGGAGACCAAAGAACCCUCCAUGAUGGAAUAUGUGUUGUAUCCUUUGGAUCUUUAUAAUGACAGUGGAUAUUACGCUCUAACCAAGUUCAAGAAACAGUUCCUCUACGAUGAGAUAGAGGCUGAGGUGAACCUGUGUUUUGAUCAGUUUGUAUACAAAUUGGCUGAUCAAAUAUUUGCUUACUAUAAAGCGAUGGCUGGAAGUGUUCUCUUGGACAAGCGCUUCCGGGCAGAAUGUAAGAACUAUGGUGUGAUUAUCCCUUAUCCCCCCUCUAACCGCUACGAGACACUGCUGAAACAGAGACAUGUCCAGCUCCUGGGUCGUUCCAUUGACCUGAACAGACUGAUCACUCAGAGGAUCUCAGCAGCCAUGUACAAAUCCCUGGACCAUGCCAUCAGCCGCUUUGAGAGUGAAGACCUCACAUCUAUAGUGGAGCUCGAGUGGCUGCUGGAAAUAAAUCGACUGACUCAUCGGCUGUUGUCCAAACACAUGACCCUGGACAGCUUUGACGCCAUGUUCCGGGAAGCCAACCACAACGUGUCUGCUCCGUAUGGCCGCAUCACACUGCACGUCUUCUGGGAGCUCAACUUUGACUUCUUGCCAAACUACUGCUACAAUGGCUCCACCAACCGGUUUGUGCGCACAGCAAUUCCCUUUACCCAAGAGCCUCAGCGUGAUAAGCCUGCCAACGUUCAGCCUUACUACCUGUAUGGCUCUAAGCCUCUGAACAUUGCAUACUCCCACAUCUACAGUUCCUACAGGAACUUUGUGGGUCCCCCGCAUUUCAAAACCAUCUGCCGUCUCCUUGGUUACCAGGGCAUCGCUGUAGUGAUGGAGGAGCUGCUGAAAAUUGUCAAGAGCUUGCUCCAGGGCACCAUUCUUCAGUAUGUGAAGACCCUGAUAGAGGUGAUGCCUAAGAUCUGCCGUCUGCCUCGCCAUGAGUAUGGAUCGCCAGGUAUCCUGGAGUUUUUCCACCACCAGCUCAAAGAUAUAAUUGAAUACGCUGAGCUGAAGACUGAUGUGUUUCAGAGCCUAAGGGAGGUUGGCAAUGCAAUCCUCUUCUGCCUCCUUAUUGAGCAAGCACUGGUGGUAAGGAAUUAGGUCUAACUCAUGUAACAAAACCACACAAAGACCAAUAGCACACCGUCUCUGGUCGCUGUCGCUUUGUUUCAUUUUACAUAUUGUUCCUGGUGUCCUAUUCUGCCAUGGAUUCAACGAUAAGGUGAUCACGGUCCCCAGACAACUGACUAAGCAAAGUUAGUUUCAUGUCGUUCAACAAGGGUUGCAACAAUUAUUUUACAAUGGUGAUUAUAAAAACAUGAAUUUCUAUUUGUGGAUGCUUUGUUCACCAAAUGAUGAAAAACCACAUCUAAUUUUUGGACAGAACAUAAUAAAAUACCAAAAGCAUUGAAGCAGUAUCGUGCACAUACAAUAGGAGAUUUAGUUGGCAGCUAUAAAUGUUAUUUAUUUUUAAUUAAUCUUGCUACUUCUCAGUAGCAUGGAGGGUCACUAUUUUGCCACAUCUCUUAAGAUUCUUUCUAGAAACAGAGCAAUACUGCAAGGCGUUUUAGAUCAACCAUAACAAAAACAAUUCAUGUCGGAAACAGUUGGAAGUUUGCUAGGGUAUUGGACCCAUGAGCACUCUGUCCCUCUACAUAGUGAGAAGGGAAAAACAGAGCUAGGGCAAUGGUGACACAGUGGGUGGUUAAGGCUCUGGGCUACUGAUCAGAUGGUCGGGGUUCAAGCCCCAGCACCACCAAGCUGUCACUGCUGGGCCCUUGAGCAAGUGCCAAAACCCUGUCUGCUCCAGGGGUGCCAUAUUCUUAACAAGCUGGAAUACUGAAAGCGAAGAAGUGAAUUUCACUUUACUAUAAUGUGUAUGUAACAAAUAAAGAUGAUAAAGCAUAGAAAAAAGAGCCCAAAUAUCUUAGUUUUAGAUUUACACAUUUUAUGUGGUUCUUCACGUUCGAAAGUUGGUCUGAAUUGAAGUUGGAAGUCCACACGCACAAACCUAACGAUAUAAUGGCUCUGCGUACAGGCGUGCACCCCAAUCCCUCUACAAGGGUCUCCAGCCUAGUUAGACAAUGCAGUUAGAGACUCUAAUUGCUGUUAUGCUCUCAAGCGCACGUAUCACAAAGUAUGAAUUGCAGCGGUGCUGAUCAUUUUUGAAACCAGCCCCACAUACCACUAAAUAAAGAGAAAUUCUUCUUCCGAAUCCAUGGCAGUAUGGAACACUUUCUGGCUGCUCGUGAAUGUCUUGCUCUGAUGCACUGAUCUUGCACUCAUGCACUUUGCUAUUCAAUCAAUUGUAUUAAUCUGAUGCUUGCCUUUUGUUUCCGUGUUUAAUGUAUCUUUUUUUUGAAGUGUACUUUGUGACAGCCGAUCACUGCACGCUGAUCUCUCAUUGACACCGUUCUGCACAGGGCACAAAUCUGCUCAUUGCUUGGUUUAUUAUUGUGUUUGAAGUGACAUGACAAAGUCAGUGUGCCCUCAUUUCACUAAAAUUAAUCACAUCAUGUAAUUUAAUCCAGGAUCCAUUUCCUCCAAUUGCAUAAAUUCUGUAUGUUAUGUUAUAGUCAAGUUUGUUGUUAUCUACCAACUAAUGAUUCUGCCUGCCUGUGAGAGUUAGUGUGUUUUAAUCACUGCUCAAAUUCCCGAAGCUAUACAAUUAAAUAGCAUUUCCUAACCUAAUCAUUACAUAAUAUGUAUGGCUGAUAUACACCAAGCUGUUAAUUUAUUAGGUACACCCACAUUGUAUAUACACUCCGCCAUGAUAACAUUUAGAGUUACCUUAAAGUUGCUCUUUGCAAAUAUAUAAUUACUGACUAUACUCCAUCUGCUGCUAUGUACAGUUUGGCAACCGCUCUCUACUCCAACCAUCAGUGGAAAUGGUCCCUCAUAGGAGGGGUUAGAGGAUGAUCAACACAAAUUGUGCAUGGUGUAACUGUACACCUCCAUGGCAUGGUGUACUGACAAAGUCUGUGUAUAAUAAUGUAUAAGUGUAAGAAUAUACAGCGCCUAAAAUCUCCAGCAGCAUUUGUGUCUGAUCCACUCGUAUGAUCACCACAUACACACUAACAUGCAACUACUACGUAUUUGUCACUGUGAAACACCGUCUAAAUAAUAUCUGCUUAUUGAUGGUCCUGUGGUACUUCUUUUACACUGAUGGCUGGUGUAGAGACUGCAAAAGAUGGGCUACUGUGUUAUAUACGACACAGUGACCUAUGGUGUACCUGAUAAACUGAUCAGUGGGUAUAACUAUAAGGUAGGUGUAUCUAAUAAACUGGCAAAAAUGUGGCAACAAAAAAAAAAAAAAACUUCUAAAGCUGGACUGUAGUUACGGCUUAAAGCCAAGUUUUGUCCUCUGUGUGCACCAAGGAUUUACACAGAUUUUACAUCAUAUGUACAGUAUAUCAUCAUUGGAUGGCAUCCAAUUUCUACACUGCUGUUUGUGUGGUUUCUGUAAUUUCACAGUGGAACCAGGAACUGCUUCGUUAAGCAGUUUUGUUGCUCACUAGGUUUCUCUGGUGGUUUGUUUUC